GAAAUUUCUGAAGGGUGCCAAUGUCGGCUGCGACUUCAAAUCUACGACGCAUCUCACAGCGCCAGUCUCUUGCAUGUCGAGAAUGUACCAAAAGUAAACGCAAAUGCAGCAAGACCAUUCCUUGUACCAGAUGCAGUCGGCUAAGACUCAGCUGUACACGUGAGAUUGUACAAUUACAGCGAAGCACUGUGCGGUAUGGGGCUGAAGUCGACUUCCUUAGCUCCCUGGCUGGGGAUCUAGACCUGCUUCUCGAAUCAACAUCCGCUACUGCAUUGUCACAACUACCGCACAUCAUAUCAAAGGUCCGGGAUAGAAUUUUCCUCCUCCAGACAGGCCUGGAAAGCACACCCGAUCAACAGGCACCUCCGCAUAUACCAGAGCUGCCUCUUGGCGAAGAUGAAAAAGGGUGUCAUGCUGAGCCGGAAGGCUUAUCAUUGCUGACGGCCAUCGAGCAUUUGGCGUGGGGCAGGGACUCUGCAGGAUGCUUUCCGCAUAUGAAUUGCGGAUGUCAGUAUAGUCGAUCCAAGGCCUCGAAAGCAAUCGCGUAUUCCCCUCAGCGUUCAUACGGCCUUGGCGUGGAUGCCUCCAGUGCAGAGAAGCUUAUCCGAUUCCAUCUGUGCCAUAUGGCGUGGCACCAUGACUGCAUCCAUGCCCCUACAUUUCUCGAACAGUGUGAGAGGUUCUGGAAGACUGGGGAGAUCGAUCAUCCCUUGUGGAUGGCUCUUUACUCUUCGGUUCUUGGAGCGACGGUCUUUGCUAUGCGCGUCAGCAGCCGGGCGAGGGCUGCCAUUGAUGUUAAUUUGGACAUGAUGCCGCCAGCGGACCAGCUUCUGACCACUAUGCUUGAAGCUCUCUAUAAUGGCCACUUUCUCGAGGAUAUGUCGGUAUAUUCUCUGCAGGCUAUCGUCAUCUCUACAGAAAUUGCCCAUAAUUUGGGCCGAAGUCAGUUGAACGCUACGUUGUUCAAAGCCGCCGUGCGCAUUGCAGAGUGUCUUGGGAUACACCGGAUUAGAGAGCCUCACGGAGCUUACAUGAAUACUGAGGAAACUUGGAUCGAGACGGUGGAGCGAGAAGUGGGAAAAAGAGUGUGGUGCCAGAUGGUGAUUCAAGACCACUUCGCCAUUCCGUUCACCGACACCUAUAGUAUCUCACCCUCGCAAUACUCUACCGGCCCUCCGUUGAACGCGGACGACUACGACCUAACAGGUAUGCCACCAACAGUACCAACAGUAAGUAGCUACGUGCGGGUAUUGCGGGAGAUAGCAGAUCUGAUGCCAUCGCUGGUCGAUGGACUGGGCUCUAUGAGUCGGCCAAAGCCACUCCGUGACCAAUACGCCCAUAUUCUGAUGCUGGAUCAAAGAAUGCGAUUCGUGGUCAAGGGCUUCCCUUCCUUCCUCUUACAACCAGACGUCGAGAAAGAACUCGAAAUCCCGUGGCUGGGGAUCGCACGACGCAGUCUGGCCAUCACUGCCGCAGAAAAGAUCAUCAUGAUCCACCGACCAUUUCUCUUUCUAUCGUUUAACUCUUCUUCGUACCAGUACACCCGACGAACAUGUGUCGCCGCCGCCCUGACGAUUCUCCGCGAGCACGAAACAAUCAUCAACCAAGGCGACUUCUUCGUCUGGACCCACUCCGCCUUCUGCAUCACCGCCGCGAUAAUCCUCUGCUUCGAAGUCAGCGUCGCCCCGAACAACGUGGGACCCGAGACCGAUAAAUUCAGGGUGGCGAUCCAGGCAGCGCGCGGCCGCCUCGCAAACCAGACAAGCGAUAUCCUCGCCCAAAGAGGCGUCGCGCUCAUCGAUGCGGUGUUUGCAUCCGAGGGAAACUUGGAUCUAGGCUUCUACCGCGCGGUGGCGGACGUUCUCCGUUUCGGCCAGUCGAAGGCACAGGGAGAGAAUACCGCCACACCUACGCCUUUCCUUCCUGAUUUGGGUUUUUGUGAUGCUUACCGCGCUGAUGGGAGUCCCAGCGCUACUACUGCCGAUUCUCAGAUUAAUCUGGGCGUGAACGCGGACAAUAUGGAUUUUGAACUGUGGUUUAAUGAUAUCUUCUAUCAUUUUAGCGGCGAGGCGGCGUGAAAGCUUCGUUGCAUACCAUGACUUCGCUACUGUUGGGCCCGGGAGGUUCUCUAGAGGUGGAACGUAUGUACUCUUGUUCUUCCUCGUACCUUCCCGCAUCAGCUUUUCUUGUCUCGUCUUCUGGGUUCGGCGAUGCUUGGUCCGUGAAGCUGCAUAGGAUCCUCGUAUGGAGUAUCAGCAACUCGCCUUUCACCCUGAUUGGCAUCAGUAACAUCUGGUGCAUAGGCCUUCUUCUACAUACCACAUACUAUCUUCCGAACAUGCUCCAGGCCGGCCACCAUGAUAGAACUGCCUAUUCUCAGACGAAAGCGAUUACGUCCUACACACCAAAUUCAAACGUACAUAAGAGUGGG